AGGAAAAAGAAGGAUGAGUACAACCCCAAGAACACCAUCCCAACAUGGAAGAGGAAACCUCAUUUUUUGGGGCUGCUUCUCUGCCAAGGUGAGAGCCCUGAAGAUGGGUCGUGGCUGGGUCUUCCAGCAUGACAACGACCCAAAGCACACAGCCAAGGCAACUAAAGAGUGGCUCCGUAAGAAGCAUCUUAAGGUCCUGGAGUGGCCUAGCCAGUCACCAGAUCUGAACCCGAUAGAAAAUCUAUGGAGGGAGCUGAAAGUCCGUGUUGCCCAGCAGCAGCCCCGAAACCUGAAGGCUCUGGAGAAGAUCUGCAUGGAGGAGUGGGCCAAAAUCCCUGCUGCAGUGUGUGCAAACCUUGUCAAGGACUACAGGAAACGAUACUUGGCAUCUGGGGACUCACUGAUGAGCCUGGCAUUCUGCUAUCGCCUGGGUCACACAACCGUAAUCAACUCAGUGCAUAUGGUGUGUGCAGCCAUCGAAAAGAUCAUGAUGAAAAUAUUCCUUCCUAAGCCGACCCCAGACACAUGGAGGGAGGUGGCAGAACGCUUCUGGGUGAAAUGGGACUUCCCUAAUUGCCUGGGUGCACUUGAUGGGAAGCACAUAUUGAUUCAAGCACCACCACGAUCAGGGAGCCUAUUCAUUAAUUAUAAAAGAACAUUUUCAAUAGUGCUUUUGGCACUUGUUGAUGCUGAUUACCGCUUCCUGUACAUUCAGGUGGGAGACUAUGGGAGGACAAGUGACGGUGGUGUUUUUGCUGGAUCACAUUUGGGGGUGGGAAUGGCAAAUGGCACACUCCAGGUUCCACAAAGUAGCUUCCUGCCUGGUGCUGCCCACCUCGGGAAUGUGCCACAUGGUAUGUGCCACAUGUCAUGGUGACGCAGCAUUCCCUCUGAAGCCCUAUUUGAUGAGACCAUACCCUGGAAUGAACCUCAGCCGCAAAAAGAGCAUAUUUAAUUACAGAUUAUCAAGGACGAGAAGAGUGGUGGAAAAUGCAUUUGGCAUUCUUGCAUCCCGGUGGAGGAUUCUCCAUCGGAGGAUUAACCUGGACCCUAAAAAUGUUGACACUCUCGUCAUGGCAGCCUGCACACUGCACAAUUUCCUCCUUGCCCCCUCAGAUAAUGUGAUGCUGCUCACGGAGGCUGAGGAAUUGGGCAGGGGAAUGGCAUCAGUGAGGAACAUGGGGGGUAACAGGGCUUCAAGGGAGGCCUGUAGUGUGAGGGAGACCUUUGCCACCUUCUUCACCACCCCCGAAGGCAGUGUGCCCUGGCAGGACAGGAUGGUGCCCUAAGCACACUUCCGACACAAGGUGGAACGCAUUUUAGCUUUGUUCAUAUGUAAAACAUUCCAUAAAAAUGUGACUCAUUUUUUCUGUUAAUAAAUACGUUUGAAAAUGAAUUUUUGCCUGAUUAUGCCCUUGGUAGUGUCGGUCAUGGACUUAUUUGCAUUUAUUUACACAUUAAUUUCCCAUGGCACAUAACAUCUCAUCGGGCUGUUAUUUCAGAUUAUUCAACAGUUGUUCAUCUAUGUGACAUUAAUAGUGAUUUAUAGACUACACUGAUUGAAACUGGUGCAUAAAACAGCGUGCCUGGAAAUGGUGUCUCAUUAAUGCAGAGAUUCCUGUGCCAAGCGCACACUGUUGGUGUUUCUAUUAGAAUGCACGUCAAAUUUAGGAAAGGAAAGAGGGACAUCCUGAAUAGACCACCAGUUCGAAACUUAUAGGCGUCGCUCUUUAUUCUUUCGUACUUUUCUCCUCGCCUCUCUGCAUUUGAACCAACAUUGUGUGCGCGCCGGGCACGAGAAUAUAUGCAGUGGAACCACUUCCAAAUACACUGCUUUUCAUCGUCUCUUUUCUGUCCGUCUAGUCUGCCGUUUAGUUUUUGACACCCCAACCACGCUGACAAUCCAUUUUCGACUUUGUAAUUACUGUUUUAAUUUGGAUUACUUGCAUGGACACUCACCGUCCAUCCCCAUAGCUUGAGCUAUUGCGUUCCAUGCAGCUUCCUUUUUUAUAUUGUCCUUAUAGAAAGGAUCUGCUGCAUCAUAAAUGAUUUUGUGGGUUUCCAUCUCCAUGAUAAAGCGCUCAUCAUCCAUCUUUGCUCGUGUUUGGAACGUGAUUAGGCACUUGGGCUUUUGACGUCAGGCCCAGCUCCGCCCAUUUUGUCGGAUGCGUGUCCGGCAAAAAUAGAAAAUAGCCUAUACCAUCCAGCGGGCAUGCGGCACGCCAGAGGUGGUUCGCAGUCAAGCCGGAGCACUGAUGCGGCCAGUAUACGUUGAACAAUAGGAUAUAAUGGGAACGGAUUGGCUCCGGCGCUAUUUUUUACCGGAGUCGGACCGGAAACGCAACGAUCACGCAUGCGGUGUACUUGGGCCUUUACCCAAUGCGACGUUGUGGGUGGGGCAGCCUCCUUCCACCUCAAAAGAACCAAACGUCGCGCCAAAAGGGUGGUAAAAGUAAUAACCCUACACCCCCAAGUAGGCAGCCACAGACCCUCCGGUAAAACUCCAAAUAUUGAUAUUAAAGGAUCAGGAGUGAUUCGGACCCCUAACACUAGGGAGAGGGCUUCAAAAAUACCCUUCCAAAAUAUUUCUAAGACCGGACAUAACCAAAACAUAUGGAUCAGUGUUGCAUCCGCCAGCUUACACCUAUCACACAAAGGGCUGAUCUCGGAAAGAUUCUGGACAAUCUUACCUUAGAAUAGUGUACCCGAUGUACUACCUUAAAGGGUAUGAAAACGCAAAGGGGGUGUGAGACAUCAAUAGAACCGUUAUGUGCCAAGAUAACAAAUAUUGAUAAAGUUAACAAAAAAAUCAAUCACAUUAAAGAGCAAUUAUCGAAAAUUGAUCGAAAAUGACGAACAUUUCCGAAAGUGUUCCGGAAACAGCCGAAUGGGGCGGAGACGUCAUAACAAGGAAACAAAAGGUCGAGGCAGGUCCCAUCGUUGUUCAUCGACGAGAGAGCUGCGUUCCUUUUCAAUCAAAAAAUAGCUAAAAUGGUUCAAACCUGUCCUGCUAUGUAGUUUACAAAUAGCCAUUUGUCGCAAUGUAGUACCCAUGAGUUCCCGAAUGCGAGAAAAAAAGCUGGACUACGCACACAAUGAGUAAAAUUCGUCAGUGCUAAGAGGGCUAAUUUUGCAAUUUUACAGGGAAACGGGAACCUGACAAGCCAGAAGAUGUGCCUACAACCUCAAAGAAAACAAAAUUUAUGCUACUUCCCUAUCACUAAAGACCCACGAACUGCGAAGGAGUGAAUUCGUGACCCGUAUGUGAAUAAAUCGAGUGAUUCGAGCAUGUCUGUGGAACAGGAAUAUCAGCUUGUAGAGAUCGCAAAUCACGGCGACUUAAGCGUACAUUUGAGACAACAACUCUACCGAAGUUCUGGAUUAAAGUCAUUUCGGAAUAUCCCGACAUCGCUUGGAGCGCGCUGAAAACUGCUACAAUUUCCAACAUCGCUAGCUUGAUGCUAGCUUCUCUCACUCUCCCAUCUCGUCUCAACGCAACAAACUCAGCCCUCUUACUGAUUCAGCGGGUGAGUUGUAUUUUUUCCGUGCACUUAACACGACGGGGCUAAAAACAAAUGCUAUUUUAUAUUUGCUGUAUUUUUCUGCCACACAUUGCCGGUGUUCUGACAAAGUUGGCAUGCGCGUAACGUUAAAAAGGACCGCGAAUGCAGCGAUUCUUAAGUACACACUACAAACUUUCUUUAAAGAAAGGAAUAUUAACUUACGUUUGCCAUGUUUGGCGCACACAACAACUGCACGUAGCCAUCUCACUUAACAACUCCGCCGUGUCGUUAAGCGUUAAUUUAUGCCAUUUCCGUGUUGCACAUGUAUGUUUGUGAUGUAAAUAGUUUUUUAGCACCAUUGGAUAACAUUGAGAGUCCAACUGAAUAUAAAAGAGGGACACCGGUCCGUGAAAAAAGACCCAAAUCACACCGGGGACCGCUGCUCUAAUCCCAUUCAUAUUUGUGUCGGUUGGCAGGGCGAAACCGAUGAUAGCAUAUUAAAUGGUAAUUAUUCUAUACAUUACUUUAUUUUGCGGUCACUGUGUAUCAGCUUCACAAAAAGAAAUGCAAAACAUACCAUUUGGUGUUUCCCACACGAACUGUUGUCGGGGUUUCAUCAGUGUGAUUGCUCCCCUCAAUGAUCCUUUCAUUAGGCUGCAUUGGCUUUCGUUUGGGAUCAAAUUGAUAACCCAAAACACCAAAGAAAGGUUCAUAACUCUCCUCUUCACCAUUAGAAGAAUGUUCGUUACGUCGGAUUCGUCGCUGCAACUAGAAACGUAAUUGUCCGCCAUCAUCGCCGCCAUUCAGUACUAAAGCACUUAGCCGGUUGUUUCCUUGUUUUGAUGUCACGCCCACAAUCUGCCAGAUUUCCGGGAUCUCGGGGGCAGGUCUUUUUAGCUUGAAAAUGACCCAAAUUUCUCUCAUUUUCUUGGUGUUGCGAUGUGUGUAAUUACACAAAGUGACAUGAUAUGAAUCCAAAAGGCAUUCAUUUAUGGAUAAAUGAUGGAAUAUUAGCAUUUCCCCAGGUGUUGAAAUACACUUUAAAUUGAAUCAGAGCAUGACGAGCGCACAUAGAUGAAUUAUGUACCCUACCCAAGGCCUUAGACCACAGUCCCUCACUGAUUGGUGUUUGAAGAUCCCGUUCCCACAGGUCUUUGAUUCUGGAUAUGGACGGAGCUACCAUAUGAGAAAUUAGAUUAAAAAUGCGCUUAAUUCCCCCUUUCGCUGUCGGAUCUAAAGACAUAACGUCAUCUAAAACUGUUGUAGGAGGUUUUUUUGGGAAAAGCGGUAUGAUACUCUUAACAAAGCUUCUAAAUUGCAGAUACAGUGCCUUGCAAAAGUAUUCGGCCCCCUUGAAUCUUGCAACCUUUCGCCACA